ACAUAUCGCUCCUGGCUGACAUCGCUUCCUCCCCACCAGUAUACACUGCGUUCGUUGCUGUAUACUUCGAGCACUAACACUAUUCAGCCAUGGAUCACGACCAGUUCGGCGGGCGCACCGACGACGACCUUUUCUCCGACGACAUUGAACCGGUGGAUUACGAGGCGACAAGUAUUCCUACCGGCAUCAAAACGCCAGGACAGGAUGCAUCGACCCAACAGGAACCUACCCCUCCAGCCCUUAGCGAACCGCCGGCGAGCACGGCUAUUCCACCAGCGCAAGCACCCAAGUCGUCGCUAGCACAAUCAAGACAUGCCCCGCGGCAGCAGGACAAGCCGCGGCACUCUUCAAACACCAGCAGUAACAACCAAAACAACACCAGUGCCAACCACAAGCCCUUACCCAAACUGAAUGUCACCGACACCUCCCCGGCCUCGGAGGCCGCCAGCUCAACAACUCCCUCGCGAACCUCGACCCCAACCCCGGCCCUCGCAACCGCCGCCACCGGUAACAACAACAGUAGUAACAACAACAACAACAACAAACCCCCCAGCAACGCGCCCCGCGAACCGUCAAAGAACACAGCCUCGGCCGUAUCCGCCGCGCGGCUCAACUCGGGCGCAAACCCGCGAACAAAACUGACAGAGGAGGAGCUUGCGGCGCGGAUGGAGAGGAUGCGGCUGCUAGCUGCAGAAAAGACGCGGCGGUUCGAGGAGGCGCAGCGCGAUGAGAGCGAGCACGCCGUGGCGUACGCGCGGGGCAUGGAGGAGGCGCGCAAGCGGCGCGCCGAGGAGGCCGCGCGGCGCAAAAUCGCCGACGAAGAGAAGCGCCGGCUUGAUGAGGAGAGGGCUAAGAAUCGUGAGCGCAAGCUCAAGGCUAUGAGUAUGAAAGAGGGCGGGUGGGAUGAGGGUAAGGCAGACGGGCAGGGAGAUGAGGGGAGGCGGUUUGCGGCCUUUAGGGGCGCGUUUGGAGGGGUUAGGAGGAACAGGUCGCCUCAGUCUCAGGGGUCGGGGCUGGGAGGGAGUCGGUUUGCGGGCUCUGACGGGGCCGGGGAUGACGCUGAUGGUUUUGGGGGGAGGGGGAGGGGUGGACGGGGCCGAGCGGGGAGAGGUGGGAGAGGUGGAAGGGGCGGGCGCGGGCUGUUUGAGUAUUCGGACCGUGAUGGUGAGCAUGAUCAUGCUCGAGACGCUAUCGAACGGCAGCAGAUCCGCACGGGGGGCCCGGGGCAGCUCGCCCCGAAGAAAGUGGACUUGAAGGCGGAAGACUUCCCUGCGCUGCCGGGAAGUACUGCACCAAAGAAGGUCGAUACCGCCUGGGCAGCUAAGCCGAGCAGUGCUGCCGCAGACUUCCCGCUAGCAUCACCAGUUGGGAGGUGGGAUGAGGAAGUCCAGGCUGCCGCGGACAGCAAGUCGCCGCCGUCCUGAGCCGCCGCUUGCGUUGGAUCUAGGUAGCCAGUCGCUUUACUGAUCCUGGCGGAUUGGAAGUGGAGGUGGCUAUUAUGCGCAACAGGCGACACCAUGGACGCCUAUUAUUUGCGCUUAAAUCUAUCGCCUUUUAUAGUAUCGAUUAAACGACAAGUUUUGGGGCCGGUUAUGCCACAACACAUAUGACUAACAUCCGAGGAUCUGGGAUAAAAUCAUUGAUAUUAUAGAACCUGGACACUGUUGUGCUGGGCGAGAUUCUGACGGAUUAUCAGUGAUGUAUAUGCAGACAUUUGAUAGCUUUACAGCCAAAACGUGCAGCUGAACAAAACCUAGACUGAGAGC